AUGUCGGUUGCGUGGAGUGCCAGCAAGCGUUCCACAUCGCGUUUGGAAUUGGAAAUGCACCGAAUGAAAGAAGAACUGGCGAUGAAGGAAAGGCAGUUGGAGGAAGACAAAUUGAUUCGCAAGAAGCAGUUGGAGAUUGAGCAGGCACUGGCACUGAAGCAAUUUGAGCAGGAAAAGGAGCUGCAGGAAAAGAGACUUGCUCAGGAGAGGGAGAUGCUUCAAAAGCGACUGGCUAAGGAAGUGGAGUUUCAACAGAAGCAGCGUGCCUUGCAGGAAAAAUUCCAGCGUAGCCGCUACGAGUUGAUGGCCCUUGAAUUAGGAUGCGAAGACGGCGCAGUUGGUGGAGAGUUUCCGGACAACGAUUUCGGACAAGUGGACCGUCAAAGAGUGCACGAUUGGCUUAAACAUCACUUCAACCCUUUAUCGAAACCAGUGGAUACCAACAAGAAGGUGAAUAAAAACCCGGCACCACUCAACCCGGUACCUCUCGUACCACGAAGCAAAUCGACUCCAGAUGGAUCCGAAACGCCGAAAGAUUCGGCGGUGGUGAUGACCGGGUCUAAUGAGGAGAGAUCAUCCGCGUCGACUGUCGCUUCCCGUGAUGGGCCGGGGCCUACCAAGGCGCAGCGGGCGGCACGGCAAGUAUUAUCAAAGAGGUUACCCAUGUUCAGUGGAAGAAUUGAGGAAUGGCCACUCUUCUACUCUAGCUUUAUCAACUCGACGGAAGCUUGUGGAUUUAGUCAUGUUGAGAAUCUCGUCCGUCUCCGAGAGUGCCUGAAGGGACAAGCCCUAGAAAUAGUAGCGGAGGCCAGCGAAGUUAUUCUCGUCGUCGAGCCGAAGGCAAUGGCACCUCACAAGGGAGAUAAACCGAAGCCAAAGGAGAAAGGAUUUGUCCACACACAUAGUGAUGCUAGCGAUCCAGUCGUGAAAUACACAAUUCACUGUCGAAUCUGCAAGCAGGAAGGUCAUCGUGUCAGAAAUUGCGACGAGUUUCGGCAAAUGAACUGCGCAGAGCGUUUGAAAUUGAAGGAGCAGUACAAGUUGUGCGAACGGUGCCUCAAUGACAACGAAGGGUGGUGUACGUUCAAAAUAACGUGCAACAUUGGGACGUGCCGUGAACAUCACCAUCCGUUAGUACACCGUGAGGUAAUUCAGCGAACGCCGAUUUGUCCUUCCACGGAACAGCAUCACGCCCACAACGCUGAGCAGCGCUGGGUGAUUUUCAGGAUAGUUCCGAUCACACUUCACUAUCGCCAACGGUCGGUAUCAACGUUCGCCUACUUGGACGAGGGGUCGUCUAUGACGCUCUUGGAAGAGAGUCUCGUCGAUGAGCUAAAGACCUGCGGGCGGUCGCAGCCACUAACGCUGCAGUGGACCGGCAAUAUCGUACGUCAAGAGGUGGGUUCUAUGUGCCUUUCACUGCAGGUAUCAGGAAGCGAGGCGUGUCAUUUGAACGAAGCUCGUACGGUGAAGAAGCUGUACCUUCCGAGACAGCGCAUCGACUUCAAGAAGAUCGUCAGCGAAUAUCAUCACCUGCAGGGAUUGUAUAGAGCCGACCAUCUAGGAGAGCAACCGCGGGUUCUUAUCGGUCUAAAUAACAUCCACUUGCUGGCACCGCUAGAGUCUCGUAUUGGUAAUAUCAACGAACCAAUCGUGGCUGCCACCAGUGACACGAACAAGGAACUGCACGACGUGAUGCGCGAGUACUUCGCCGUGGAAGAAGUUGCUAUUACGGUGAGUCAGCUACCAGAAUCUGAAGAAGUUCGUCGAGCCAAGGAUCUGUUGCAGAGCACAACUGUGCGUGUUGACGGACGUUUCGAGACGGGCUUGCUUUGGAAGCAGGACGAUUUUGAGCUUCCAGACAGCUACCCAAUGGCGGUGAACCGGUUGUGCAGUUUUGAGCGACGCCUUAAGAAAAAACAGACAAAACAGUACGCGCAUAAGAUGACGGAAGAGGAGAUGGCAGUAGCGGACCCGAGGAAGAUCUGGUACCUACCCCUCAGCGUUGUCAUAAACCCGAAGAAGCCAGGGAAGGUGCGCCUGGUGUGGGACGCGGCAGCCCAAGUGAAAGGUACGUCGCUAAAUUCCAUGCUACUCACUGGACCGGAUCUUUUGACUGUGUUACCAGCGGUCAUUCAGCAGUUUCGGGAACGACCGGUGGCAUUCAAAGCGGACAUACGCGAGAUGUACCACCAAUAUCGGAUUCGAAAAGCUGACAAGCAUGCGCAGUGCUUCCUUUUCCGGACGGAUACUUCGUCCAAACCAGAUGUGUACGUUAUGGAUGAGGGCACUUUUGGCGCGGCCUGCUCACCCGCAUCUGCCCAAUAUGUAAAAAACUUGAAUGCCUCCCAACAUGCGGAUCGAUUCCCGGACGCAACAAAGGCUAUAGUUCGUCGGCACUAUGUCGACGACUAUCUCGAGAGUGCCGAUACGGUGGAAGAAGCCAUUACUCGGGCAAAGGAGAUUAUUCAUGCGAGAACUUGGAGAAAAGGAAGCGGAGUGCCAUUGCAAGCCGGCAAUGAUGGCGCGACUGAGCGCGUUCUGGGAAUUAUAUGGUGCCCGCAGGAAGAUGUCUUUACUUUCUCGACCAACCUGCGAGACGAUUUGCUACCGUAUCUCAUCGAUGCACAAUGGCCGACGAAGCGGAUUGCCCUCCGCUGUGUGAUGAGCCUAUUCGACCCGCUUGGGUUCCUGCCGCCAUUUACCAUCCAUGGGAAGAUCCUGUUGCAGAGGUUGUGGUGCACUGGUUGCGAAUGGGAUCAAGACAUCGACGACGAAUGCUAUGCAAGGUGGUCUCAGUGGAUAUUCAAACUACCCCUCAUCGAAGACGUGAAAAUCCCGCAAUGCUAUCUUCAAGGAGCUCCUCCGGAGGCCUAUGAUACACUGCUUCAUGUGUUCGUUGACGCCAGCGAACAGGCGUAUGGUGGAGUGGCUUUCUUCCGAGUUGUUACUGACGACGGGCCACGUUGCUCGCUGGCUAUCGCCAGAACGAAGGUGGCCCCGCUGAAGCAGCUGUCCAUCCCUCGCAUGGAGCUACAGGGCGCAGUACUAGGAGCGAGGUUACUAAAUUCGGUCGAAAUCAAUCACGAGCUGAAAGUGACGAAACGUGUACUCUGGACCGACUCACAGAAUGUACUAUCCUGGAUCCGGUCCGAUCAACGAAAGUAUAAGCCGUUCGUCGCAUUUAGAAUCGGCGAAAUCCUUUUGGAAACAAAAAUCGACGAAUGGCGCUGGGUGCCAACAAAGGAUAACGUUGCGGAUUUGCUCACCAAGUGGGACAAGGGACCUAGCUUGGAUUCAGACGGACCCUGGUUUACUGGACCUCAGUUCCUACAGCUACCGGAGGAGAUGUGGCCUGUACAGAGGCCACCGGCGCCGAAUACAACGGAAGAACUUCGGGCAUGCCACAUGUUUCACACUGCGGUAGUAGAGGAGCCGAUAAUCAACGUAAACCGCUUUUCUCGGUGGAACGUUCUGUUGCGCACGAUUUGCUGUGUCUACAGGUUCAUCUCGAACUGCCGACGUCGGAUUGCUCUAAUGCCUAUCGAAGUUAUUCCAGACCUACCAGAGAGAACGCGAAAUCUGGUGGGCUGCGCAGUGGAUUGUACUAUCGUUCCGCUGAAGCAGGAGGAAUUUGAACUGGCGGAAAUCGUCCUCUGGAAGAUAGCACAACGUGAGUCGUUCGCCUGA